GUCGAAAUUAAUUGAAUGAUGCCAAAGAGGCAAAGACCCAACCUUCCAUACUGUUAACCCAUAACCUUUCACUCAAAAUUAUAUGAGUACUACAUAUUUAUACACCAUCCUUAACGGCCAACGUAUCCCUUGCGAGCAAGAAGAAAGAAAAUAAAAGAGAAGCCACGGUUACCACCUCGAGUCGCCAGAAGGAAGAGCACCGGAGUAUUAACACGGUUACCGAUGCGGGAACGUAGAGGAAAAACUAAUGACGCCGGAGAUCACCGGACUGGUUCUCCACGCUGGAAGAAGCAAGACUCUUGAAGCCUGGACUGACGACCGAGCACUCCUGGACGCUGGAUUUCAUCGUUGGAUGACCGAAUCGCCGCCGCAGAAGAGAGAUGGAAAACCUGAACGCUGGAGCUCGGUGUGACUACUGCGUUUGGCCGGUCCGGGGAAAUUUACGAAGAAGACAACCCUACGUUGUUUUUUACGUAAGUAAUACUUCGUACUCUAUUAAAUAGUGGACACGUUAAGUAGCCCAAAAAGAAUGUAAUGAGCUGAGUUGGUUAAUUAUUUCAUUUAGACCAGAUUAAAAAUAAUGGACGUUAAUUAUGUUAAUUACUGAACUAAUUUAAAUUAGAUCAAUUAAUAGUUAUUAAGUACGAUAAUAUUUGUAAUAAACUAUAAUUGAAGUAAUUGAAAUAUUUUUAUAAUCCGUAUAUUUUAAUAAUAUUAAAUUAUAAUUCAUAAUUUGGAUGUUUUAUAAGUAGAUUAAAUUAAUGGCGUUUGCAAACUAAAAUAGUUAUAUUAUUCGGUUAUGUUAUCAUGAUUAAAUAUUCGGAUAUAGUAAUUGAAGUGAAGGACGAAUUGAAAUAGUAACUAAUAAAAAGGAGGAUUGAGAAGUAAAGUGAAAGGACUAAUAGAAGUAAUUAAUCAAUGAUUAAUAAAUAAUCUAAAAGUUCGAAUAAAAUAUACAUGUGGGAAUUAGAUAGUAAGGACUAAUUAUGUCAUCUUAAUUAAAAAAAGGUGAUUAUUUAGAGACUGGAAUAGAGGAGGAGAAUUAGGAGCACUAGAUUUAAUGUAAGUUUCUCUGCCGAUCCAAAAUUGUUUCCUCGUAUUAUAUGCUUAUUAUGCAUUGUGUGAUUAAGUGUAAAUUUUGAAUUAUGUGUAUGUGAUUUUGAGGAGAUAUUAGAUCUAUGGUAUUUGAGAAGUGCAAACGAAGUACUUUUGAGUAUUAAAUAUUUUUAAAUACCUUUGAGACUAUUUAGAGAGAUUGAGAAAUAUUUUUUGGAAGUAUAUCUAAAGUCAAGAUAAAAUUUACGUUUUCAUAAGAAGUGAGCACCCGGGAGAAAUCUGUGGUGUCGGUUUUCCACAUCCGGAUAAAUGUGGAGGGUGAUUAAGGCUGCUACUACUAAGAAGUACAGUUUGAGUAUGAAGUGACGUUUGGAUCUAUGAUCCCUUUUAAGAAGAAGUUAUAGUAGUAGUAGUAGUCCCUAAUCAUUCAAGAAUUUUAAAGGUGGGGUAGUUGGUAGACUGAGUCCCGAUUACUCGUGACGACUUACUACUCGGAGGGCUUGGAAUCACUUUAAGGGGGUGUGCACACUUAAGGUAGUCGUUUCGUUUCCAUUAGCAAUUGUGGGACCGGCAAAAGUCCCGGGGUGGCCGUACAUAAUAACGUAACCACCGGGCUCAACCAGAGUGUUGAGCACCGCCCUUCUAAAUUACUAGGAAGAUAGAGAAGAAGUGAAUUUUGAGAAAUUCUAAGAUAGAGAAGAGUUACUAUAGUAUUUUCAAAGAAAACUUGAGGACUUUAGUAAAGAAGUGAUUUUGAGAAAUAUCAAAAAGAAAAGAAUUUUAGUGGAGUGUGUCAUUUUUAUAUAGUAUUAUAUGAAAAACUAUUUUUAGCCAAACCUGAUUAUUUUACGGGGUUGGGUAGUACUUACUUAGCUCUAAAGCUAAUUUUUAUUUCCUUUUCCCUGUUUUGUUUUCUGCACUUUAUUUGUGCAAGUGAUGAUGCUUAUGUGGAUUGAUGAUUUGCAUGGUCUUGAGAGCGGUUUAGAUAUGCCUUAGUCAAACCUAGUCAAGAAUUAUAAUUUAAUUAUGUUGAACACUUGUUUUACUUUGUUUAGUUUUGUGAUUGCCUGUGCAUCCGGUUAAGAGAUGACCGGAUGUGACGGUAACACCCAUGCCAUUUCCCAAUUAAUGUUAUUUCCGCUGCAAAACUUUUUAUCUGUUUUGAAAGAAUAAAUCAAGUUUAUUAUCAAUAAAUCUAUUAUUUCAAGUAUUGUUUUGGGAGGGAAAAUGGGGGUGUUACAAAUUGGUAUCAGAGCAUUUUUCCGAAAAGGUUUCCAAACAAACUUUCAAAAGUUUUCUUAUGUUUCUUAAAUUUUUAAGUGAUACCAACAAAUUGGUAGAGUUUACGUUUUUAAUUGGGGAUUUUCAAACAAAAAUUUCUCUUAAGUGAAUAUGGUUUUCAAAAAUAUUUAUAACAUUUUUGAAACUUUCUAAAAUUGUUUUUUUAGAGCUGUAUUUUCGAAAGCAUAUUGAAAUUUAUUUUAUAAACGUUUUCAAAAUGCUGAUAACAGAUUUCCAAAAGCUUUAUAAAGAAAAGAUUGUUAGGAAUAAUAACCUUAUAAUAAGAAAGAAUAACUUUAUUAGGAUCGUGGCGAGAUUGUGAGAGUUUAAUUUUUUUUGGAAUUGGAUAAUGGUUUAAAAUAGGUAUAUUGUGUGUGUAUUCCUAUAUGUUGCUUGUCUAGAAAAGACUUGGACCCAGUGAGAUGAAACCUUUGACGUUAGGUAAGGGCAUAUUUGUUCCACGUUUCAUUUUAUGGAAUAUACGGUAGGAGGGUCCUAACUAGAAAAAUUUCAGGUUCUAUAUGCUUCAGGAGCGAAGCAUUCUUUUAAGGAGGGUAGAAUGUGACACUCCUUAAAUUUAAUAAGAAGAAUUUAAUAUUAACUAACGAACAUGUGAUACCCGCUAAUUGCAUCUGUGGACAUUUUCUCAGCUUAUGCUUCGGGACAAAGCAUCUUUUAAGGAAAGUAGAAUGUGACACCCCGAAAAUUCAAAUGAAUAAUAAAAAAAUAUAAAUUUUAUCAGUCAGAUAAAAUAUUACGAAAGUGAUAUUUUAAUAAUUAAAUGAAUGAAGUUAAAUUUUAACAUCGGUGACAUUUAAUCAGAUAAAAAUGUUUCGAUAAUAAAAGUGACAUUUUUAUAAUAAUUAUGUUGACUAAAUAAGACCUUGACCUAAAUAACAAAAGUGACAUUUUUGUAACAGGUGAUAAUUAUACAUAUGAUAUAAAUAAUAAAAAUGACAUUUUAACAAUUUUAAUGGAAAGAUAUCGGUUAAUAAUAUUUGUACACAAAUAACAAAGUUGACUCUUUAAAACUAACAAUAAUAAUAUGUACGGAGUACAUUAUUACCACAUAUUCAGACGAACAAGAUAACUGAGGUGUGACCUUCUCAUUCACUCCCACGUGAAUGUCAUAUGCCACAUACAUCAUACAUGUGCAUGCAUCCAUGUCCUCCUCCACAUGCAAGUGUUUCCCUCGGUCCUCAUCAUACAUGCACCCAAGAAUAAUACGGAGUAUAUUCCGUAAUACAAUGUACACAUAAUAGGCCCACAACAACAAUAAUAUAAGUACCAAUAAGGUUGUAGUUACUUUUGUGGCUGUAUUGGCUGAAGUUACCGUAUAAGAUCAUUUUAACUAUCUUUCCAUAUAAUGUUUUCAUUAUUUUAUUAAUAAAAUACUCCCCCGUCCCAAUUUCAUGGUACCGAAACUUUUGGUCACAAAAAAUAAGAAAGUGUGAUAAAAGUGCAUAUAUACCCUUUACCAAAUUUUUACAACUUAACUUUGAUAAUCAAAUUGACAUCGCAAAUGAUUUCGUAACUAUUCACAAUUGUACUUCACAUCACAUCUUACGAUUGGACAAAUCAGCCCUGUAGCUUCCCUCCUAACUUCCCUCCUAAACAUUGUUUGUUCAACCAAAAAAAGGAGGGAACUCAAAAAUUAAACUUCUAAAAUCACACUUUCAAAAGUACAACCUCUAAUACAACCACAGCCCUAUAAAUACAACAACAUUCAGCACAUUUAAGACUGCUUCAUCUAUUUUAGCUACCACCAUUAAUGGCUGCCUCCAGCUCUAACUUAGCCCCAUCACCUCCUCACUCUCCUCCACCUGCGCCUGCAACUGCCCUUGUCCAUUUCCCUGCACAGAGAUCAAGACUUACAAACAAGGGAAGAGAAGAAAUAAAGGAAUAUUUUCUGAAGAAUGUGGAUGGCUUUGGGCGACUUCAGCGUGGUGUAAUCAACAAAGGUGCAUAUAUUUUUAAGGUUUCCAGACAUGCCAUGUCCAGAAUAUGGCAGAUUGUAAAGCAACAGUUACAGAAUGGGCAAAGCCUAGAUGUAACUCACAUGCUGACCAAACAUAUUGGAAGAAAAGGGGUAACUGUACCCCUUCAAAGUUUCAAGGACAUUCCUUUGAGCAAAAGGACCAACAUAAGGUCAGACUCUCAUGCCCUAAAAAUGUCUAAAAGUACAUUUCACAGAAUGAAGCAGAGAGGUGAAGAAAAGCACAUACAAGCACUAUGAAGCCAUUUCUUACAGAAUAGAAUAAAAGAACCAGGUGUCAAUUCUGCCUUCAUCACUUAAUUCCAGCUUCCUUACCAAACACUCCCACAUUUCAAGGGUUUGACCAUUUUAUUCACAUCGAUGAGAAGUGGUUUAACCUAAGCAAAACAAUGACAAGAUGGUACAUUCAUGAGGGAGAGACUCCCCCUGACAGGCAUUGCAAAUCUAAAAGGUUUAUAACCAAGGUGAUGUUUCUGUGUGCAAACCUAUUUUCGGUAGCGAGGGGGAAGUCAUAUGAUAUGGGAAUAUAGGGAUAUGGCCGUUUGUGGAGCAGGUGGAAGCAUCAAGAAACAUUAAGAAUAGACCAAUACAUACAAUGCAAACAAAGCCAAUUCUUUCAGCGACAAAAAAAGUGUGCACGGAAAUGCUACUGACAAAACUCAUUCUAGACAUAAAAGCUAAGUGGUCAGUAGCAUUAGCCAGGGAAGUUAUCAUCCAACAAGAUAAUGUCAGACCACACAUUAGCAAAAAUGAUCAAGAAUUCAACCAUGCAGCAAGUGAGGAUGGGUGGAAUAUAAGGUUGUCAAUGCAACCACCUAACAGUCCUGACAUGAAUGUCCUAGACUUGGGAUUUUUCAAUUCCAUACAGUCUUUGCAGUAUCAAACAUGCAAUAAAACAGUUGAUGAGUUGCUUGCAAAUGUUCAAGAAGCAUGCACAAGGUUAUCCCCCAAAACACUUAAUCAUGUUUGGCUAACACUUCAAUUCAUAAUGGCUGAAAUUAUUAAGGUUAAGAAGGGAAUAACUACAAGCUUCAACAUAUUGGAAAGCACAGAUGGGAAAGAUAAAGUAUUCUUCCUACCAACAUUGUAAUGGACAAACAGAUAUUAGAAGAUGCAAUAAACCAUCUGAAUGGAGCAGCAGAAACAAUAUAGAGUGAGCUGCAUGUAUGUUUUGUUUAAGUAAGUGACAAUACUCUCAGUUAACAAGAUUAUCCUCAUAGAGAUGUUAAAUGCAUCUCUUUGAUGAGGUUGUUAGCCUCAUAGAGUUUGUUCACAAAUUGUGUUAACUACAACCAUUUUAGGCAUGAUUUUUUGUUGAAUAGUUAGCCAAUAUAUGUAAUGGUAAGCUUUUUUGUACUCUCAGUUGUUACUGUUUUAUGACACAGUAACAUGCUAUAGCCAAUAUAUCGUUCAAGAAACAGUGUACAUAUAAAGCAUCAAACUCACAACAAAACAUCAUAAGUAUGCACUGAAUUACAACAUGGGAUAGUCAAUUUGGUCUCACAUAUGCAUCACAUUCAGUGUUGGAUAUGUUUGACUAACACUUCAAUUCAUAUUGGCUGAAAUUAUUGAGGUUAAGGGAGGGAAUAACUACAAGCUUCAACAUAUUGGAAAACACAGAUUGGAAAGAUAAAGUAUUCUUCCUACCAACAUUGUAAUGGGCAAACAGACAUUAGAAGAUGCAAUAAACCAUCUGAAUGGAGCAGCAGAAACAAUAUAGAGUGAGCUGCAUGUAUGUUUUGUUUAAGUAAGUGACGAUACUCUCAGUUAACAAGAAUAUCCUCAUAGAGAUGUUAGAAUGCUGAAGUAAGUAUCACAUAAUCAACUGCUUUGGGCCUUGGUUUGACGCGAGGUUGGGCUUUUCACUGGCCUGGGUCGCUGGACUGAUUUUGAUACGGGGCUGGGCUACUCAUGGGCCUACUCCGCUGCUGUAGUGGGAUUUCUGGACUGCUGAAGACUGUGAGGUGACUUUAAUUAGUUGUCCAAUGGCCUUUUAGUGGACUAGAUUUAUAACCAUUUCAGUCGGUUUGAUGAUUUUAUUUUGAUGAAUGAGCCGGGGCUUGUCUCGUGCCAUUCUUGGACUGUACUUUUUGGGAUGUUUUUGGGACUCCGAAAAAACUCUCUCCUCACCCUCGAAAGGUGGGGGAGGGGGAUUGAUAUGAUAGAUACUAUUUUAGGUUAGCUUGCUACCUUGGAUAGUUCUUUUGAUGCAUUGUACUAUGCUAUUUUCUGGAUAUAUAUAUAUAUAUAUCCAGAAUUUUAUCCAAAAAAUAAAAAGUUGUACGCGGUCUUUUAAAUUUGUCAAAAAAAAAAUCUGUGUUGGACUAAUAGAACUCAAUUACAGCCUCACAAGAGUGUUCAUAGGCUCACAGGCAACAUAUAAAGCAUCAAACUCAGAACAAAGCAUCAUAGCUAUGGACUCAGUUACAACAUGGGUGGCAAUUAACGAAUCAUUUCACCUCCUUCAUGUUUAUAACCACAUUAACAUACCCACACAUAGUUUACACCACAAUUAACAUCAUUAAUCAAGCCCAACGUAAACAAAGAGAGAUUGAGGUUUAGAUAUAUACAGAUAAUUUAGUCAAUUUGGGAGACUUAUCUGAACCAUGGUAGGUCGUUCAUUCUGUUCUUCGGUCAGAUACAAAUAUGAAAUCCUCUUUGUAAUCGAAUCAGAUACGUUCAAUUAUCUGAACCAGAUACGUUCGAUUCCGGUAGGCCGUUACCUGAACUAGAUACAUUCCCUCCGGGUCCGUUUUGUAAUUGAAUCCUCUUCUCUAUUUAUCUCCACGGUUGUAUCCACCGGGCCUGUAAUCCCGCCACCACUUCCCAAGCUAGGGUUUGUUUCGUCACCACACUCAUCAAUCUGCGGUUCAAGAAUGAUAGAUUCUAGAAAUAUUUAGGCAUUAAGGGCAGAAUCUAGAGCUUGAGAAUUGGGGCGUACUGGAGCAGCAAUGGUGGUUCGAAGGUUGUCGACAGUGGAGAUGAGGGCUAGAGAAAUGAAGAGACGGAGGAAAUAAGGGGAUUGUUCGAAUGAAGAGGUAAAUGCGUAAGAUCAAAU